GAGAUUACCAGAAAUGUGAAAUCGGCUGAAAUUUCUGAUGCAAGAACGUCCUCAUUUUUAUUUAUUUUUUUUUCUUUCAUGUAAUUCUACCAUUUUGAUUGAUUCCACCUCCAUUUUGUCCAUCUUUCGACCAUUUUAAGUACUGUUAAAAAUAAGUGGUGGGGGUAGCGUCAGGAACAAGGAUCGGUUGUGUUUGCUAGGGUCGCUGAGAGACCAGUACAGAACUGAGAAAAACUACGCGCCAUAUUGCUUGUGUAUAGUUAGCAGCUAGUAGCGCGUGGUCGUGUAUUUGUGAAAAAAAUACUUGGAAUAAAAUAAAUUAAUAUGUCGGAUAACCAGGAGCAAAAACCAGAAGCCGGUGGCCAAGAUGCAAAUUCUGAAUACAUCAAGCUCAAAGUUGUGGGAAAUGACAGCAAUGAAAUUCAUUUUAGGGUUAAGAUGACGACUCAAAUGGGCAAGCUCAAAAAAUCGUACAGCGACAGAGUGGGUGUACCUAUGACAUCACUCAGGUUCCUUUUUGAUGGCAAACGGAUCAAUGAUGAUGAAACACCAAAGCAGCUCGAGAUGGAAAAUGAUGAUGUUAUCGAAGUAUACCAGGAGCAGACAGGAGGUUUUUAACAAGUUCCAACUGCAAAAAAAAAUCAUCAUCAUUUGCGAACAAAAUUAACAAUCUACAGCCACAAAUAAUUUCAACAUAAAAAAAAAAAAAAAUUCAAUUUAAUUUUUGUUUUCAAAAUAUCUGUUUAAUAUAAAAUAAAUUGAAUUAAAAUAAUGGGCUGGUGGACAUUGACGACUAUCGAUUAAAAAAAAAAAAAAAACAAAUUUAAAAUUAUCAACUUAAAUCUCUGAAAAAAAAAUCUUAUAAUUAAAUCAACAAUUACUUUUUAUUAUC